GCCACCUGUGCCCUGUGUCACACAGUGCCACAGGAGUGGGUGGCACUCGGUGUUCUGCUGCGGCGAGGGGUCAAAGGUUGGGCUUGGUGAUUUUGGGGUUUUUUUUCCAAGCUCAGGGAUCCUGGCAAGGCUGGGACACUGGGAUGGACCAGGGACACUGGGAUGGACCAGGGGUGGGGACAUUUUGGGGACGAGUGGGGCAGGAAUGGCACUGUGGGUGACUUGGCAUCAGCAAACAGCCCCGGAAGGGAGGAAAAUGUGGAAAAAUACCAAAUAUGGAAAAACCCCAAAUAUGGAAAAAUCCCAAAUGUGGAAAAAUCCCAAAUAUGGAAAAAUCCCAAAUAUGGAAAAAUCCCAAGGGAAGGGGCUGUUGCCCAGAGCUGGUGGCGAAUCCCAGCAGGUGAGGGGACAAGGCCACCCCCAGCUGAGCCUGUGACACCCCGAGCUUGCGGGAAAAGCCACAGAGCCCCUUUUGGGCAACUUCCCGGAGCCUUGAGCAAUGCCAGGGGUGUUGUGGGGCCAGCCAGGAACGGGAUGGGGAUAUUUCACAAUGGGGACACCUCAUGGCUGGGCUAUAAGAGACACCGGGGUGGCACCGGCCCCGUACCCACCCCAGGGGACCUUGCUGUGGUGACAAGAUGAGCAAGGGCCAGCAGAGCCAGGAGCAGCUGUCGGAGCUGGAGAAGGCCAUGGACGUCAUCAUCGACGUCUUCCACCAGUACUCCCGCCGCGAGGGCGACAGGGACACCCUGAGCAAGAACGAGCUCAAGCUGAUGAUUGAGAAGCAGCUGGCGAAUUACCUGAAGCACGUGAAGAACAAGGCCACCAUCGACCAGAUCAUGAAGGACCUGGACGUCAACAAGGACGCCCAGAUCAGCUUUGGAGAGACGAUGCUGCUGGUGACCCGUGUCACCUGCGCCACCCACGAGCACCUGCACGAGGUGGAGGACCACCAGCACCAGCACCACCACCACCAGCAGCACCACCACUGAGGCAGCCCCCGCUUCCCUCCGCCUGGAGAGGAAUCCUGGAGCUUGGAGAAGGCUCCAGAGCUGAAUCCGGCCUCCAACCCCUCCCUCCCUCCUCCUCUUCCUCCUCCUCUUCCUCCCAGCGCCGUGGUUUUGCUGCCAAAUAAAGGUUUCCAAAGCUCUCCCAUGUCUCUGGGGGUUUUCCUGGGCUUUUCCCUCCUUUUUUCUCCUAAAUCCACUUUUGGGGCAGGCUGCAGCUUCCCAGGAAUUGGGGUGGGUGCCUGGGAAUUUGGGAUUCACCCCAGCAGCUGCUGGUGGCUCACAGGGGUUGGGGUUGCACCCAGGAUUUGACAGAUUUUUGCAUUUCCAACUGGAAAAAAUGCAAUUUUUUAGCCUGGAAACUCUGCACAGGGGUCCUGAGCUGAGCGGUGGUGGUGGCAGGAAGGAUGGGGAGGGAUGAGCAUUAUUUUCUGCAGGAAAACCCUUUUUAGGGCAUUUUUGCUCCACAGAUGGUGGUGGACACAUUAAGUUUUGGACUUAAAAAAUAGUUUGUGGACAAGAAUGUGAAACAACCCCAAUCCCUGACCCAGAACACCCCAAAUUUGCCCCAAAAAGGUUAAUUGGUUAAUAAUCAGCUGCUGCCCAGAGGGAAAAGCUGGCUGGGAGCAGGGAUGGAGCUUCCCAAACCCUUUUUGGGGCAGGAAAAGUAGCAGAGCUGAUUUCCCAAGGGUGACUCAAGGCCCUGAAACCACCCAGCUCCAGGAAGGAACUUUCCAGAAGCUUCCCCAAAGCAGCAGAGCUGAAGCAAGACACAAUUAACACAAGACUCAAUUAACACAAGACUUCCCCAGGUUUGCUUCACCCCCAGGUUGCUUCAGCUUCCUCUGGAGGCACUUUUGACACCCAAAAUGUCAAAUUCCUCCUAACGGGGUCAAAGCUGCUGCAGGAACAGGAUCCCC